UCGGAUCGGAAGUUACGACAUUUUGAUUGGAAGCAACAACGGAAGCUCGCUGGCUGUGAAGGCUAAAUCCUGCUCAAAUCCGGCAUCUAAACAUAUCCUAGGUCGUGCUCAUUUUUGCCAUGGUUGGGAAGAAGCGGAAGCAGCAAUCUACGCCGCAGCAGAAGCUACAACACCAAAUACCUCUUGACGCGGAUGACGACUCCGUCUCAUCGAAGAAGAUUGCUCGACAUUCUAAGCAGCACCAGAAGGGAGAUAAGUUGAUAUCCUCCGAUCUCAGCUCCAAGAUCCUUAAAGAGUCUCUCAAUCAGCAGAAAGAAAUUCUUCAGGAAGAAGAAGAGGCAGAGCUGAACAUUACACCAUUUUCAAGAGUGGCCGAGGAGAACAGUGACGAUGAAGGUUACGAUUUUGAUGGGUUCUUGGAAACCUUAAGUUCACACGAUUUGGGCAUUGAAGAGAUCAAUGAAGAAGAUGAAGCGGCUUUGGCAGUUUUCUUUGGAAGUGAUGCAGGUCCACAGCUCACACUGACGGAUAUCAUUAUCAAGAAAAUUAAGGAAAAGGAUUUGCAGGCUUCGUCUGAAGAACGACCUAUGCCGAAGUUUGAUGAUGGUAUCAUAGACGUAUACAAGAGAGUCGGAAACGUGCUCAGUAGGUACACAAGUGGCAAAGUACCAAAGGCACUUCAACGCAUUGCAAUUAUGGAGCGUUGGGAAGAAGUUCUUUAUAUAACUGAGCCAGAGAAAUGGUCUCCAAAUGCUUUGUAUCAAGCAACAAGAAUAUUUGCAUCAAGGUUCAACCCCAGCAGGGCUCAACGGUUUUACAAGCUUGUGCUACUUCCUCGUGUUAGAGAAGAAAUACAAAAGAAUAAACGGCUUCAUCGUGCUAUUUAUGAAGCAGUAAAAAAGAGUCUCUACAAGCCGGCUGGGUUUUUUAAGGGAAUUUUAUUUCCCUUAUGCCAGUCACAGACAUGUACCCUUAUAGAAGCGCACAUUAUUGGAAGUAUCAUUCAAAAAGUAUCUAUACCACCACUUCAUUCUAGUGUAGCAUUGAUGACAAUAGCUGGCAUGGAUUACUAUGGGACAACUAGCUUUUUCAUAAAGCUACUGAUUGAGAAGAAAUAUGCGCUGCCAUAUCGGGUACUUGAUGCUCUAGUUGCACAUUUUAUGAGAUUCCUCGAAGACAAAAGAGCUAUGCCUGUAAUAUGGCACCAAACACUUCUUGCUUUUGUACAAAGGUACAAAAAUGAGUUAACAAAAGCAGACAAGAAUAAUCUGGACCGCUUAAUGCAUCAGCAAAAACAUUAUUUGGUUACACCUGAAAUCCGUAGGGAACUGAAAAAUAGCCGACACAGAGGUGAAAAGGAGGAUAUAACAUUACAAGCCCCGCUUAUCUCUGUUAUAAAUAAGCCAAUUAAGGAAGAUAGAUGGGACAUUCCAGAUGUUCCUAUGGAGGAGGAUUAAAGUUAUUUUGCCUCAACAAUUUUAUACUUAUGAAGAAUUGCUUUCAACUGAUGGAGUAUGCCUUCCAGAUAGUGUGAACACCAUGGUAGAUUUGAAUUUUAUAAUUUAUUGAUAAUCAGAACCCAAUUUUCAUGUAAGGGAUGAUCUUCUGAUAAAUCAAAUUGUUAUGAGUGCCAAACUGGUCGAUACCAUGGCGAUUUUUUCUUUCUACAUUGCUGCCAUUGUAGUUUUAUUGUAGUAUUCAGUUUCACCUAUUGAGAAAUUGUUGUUUAGUGGAGAAUUAGCAAAAGAGAUUAGUGUUUGUAGUCUUCUUUCA